CCCGGCCCCAGAGCCCCAGGAGGAUGCUGUGUGUCGAGGUGUCCGCCAGGAGCUCCAGCGCCCCCAAACUCAACCUGAUUGGGCAGUGCACCAGCGGCCCAACCUUCUGGUGGACAAAGCCUCCUGUUCCAGUGAGCUCCAGACCCCCUGCAGACACGGCCAGCGAGGUUGGAGUGGAGCCGUUCGAUGGCCACAGGGAAGGUGCUUGCAUAAGGGGGGGGCCCCGGAGAACGGGAGGGGGUGAAGACCCGGCGGGACCGGAUCCACCCGGCAGGAGAUCACACCCCGCACAGAUAGAGGAGGAGACGGGAUCCGGAAGGGGAGCGGAGCGGACUCGCUCAGCGGUCAGACAGGGGCAGCGUGCGGCCGGGCGGAUCGGGGCGGUCCUGGGGCACAGGGAGAGCACAAGAUCCCUGGAGGACCCUGCACACACAGGGGCCCGGCUGGGGGACAGGGACCCGGGGACGCCCCUCUCAGGGGCUACAGCUUCCUCUGGGGCCCACCUCCGUUCUCCACGGCCACCUUUCCCAGUCCCGGUCUGCCCUCAACAAACCACCGCCAUGCCCGCCAUCCCCGUCAGGCAGAGGGCACAGACCCUGCAGCAUGUUGGGGAGCAGAGUCCUUCUGAGCCUCUGCCCCUCCCCAGAACCCCUGCCCCGGGGCCUGACCCGGACAGGGCUGCCAUGUUGGGACUGCAGGACCCCCCACACAGGGCCGCCAAGUUGGAACUGCAGGACCCCCCGGGCGGCCCCCCCUCAGUCUGCAGCCCAGGCACCAACAUGGCCGCCCAUACGCUGGUCAUACUCUCCCGCACCAUCGUGUCUCAGGCCAUCACCCCUCCGAGAUGCAGGGGCCACCAGGGGGCGCCCCACUCCUGCGGGGGGAGGAAGAGCCUGCAGCAUGAGCUUCUCCCCCGCCCCGCUUCCAGGAGCCAGCCGCAGCUCUCAGCCAACAGGUCAAGGGUCAAGAGACGCAAGAGACUGCGGCACUGCCUCCCUGAUGACCUAGAUGUGGACAAGUUCCUGUCUUCCCUGCAUUAUGACGAAUAAGGAGAGCGCUGUUCUGGGUUCUGCUUCCAUUUGGGGAAUAGCAUAGCCCUGGACACCCUAUCGCUGUGCCUGGCUAUCCCAGCAGCCCAAACUAGACUGAGGACCACAGACAGGAGCUCUGCUCCAGCAUUAAUUACACUUGUAUUUUCCCCAGAGGCAGGCUUGUCAAUGAAAUAUCAAGUACUGUUCCACAACUCAGGUUUGCACAUUCAUUCCACAGAUGUUCAGAAGCCAUUGGUCCACAUUCUGGAGCAUGACGCUACGAUUGGUUCAAAUCACUACAUCAAAACAUUGAUAACAAAACUCCGACCAUCAUGAAGUCUUCCAUCACUCUUCCAUGGAUACCAGGGAAAUCAGGCCAAUAACACUCCACAUAUCGGAAGACUUUGGUUAUGAAUUAUAUAAUUCAGAAAAUAUUCUUACAAGACAAAAAGUCGAUUUUCUAGUUGAGAAUAAUUUUGUUAUUGUUAUUUUGCCAUAGACUAUAUACAGAAUUGGGAUGAAAUAGCAGGGUUAGCAGGAUGAAAUAAGAUACAAAUAAUGUUUUGCUAUUCUAAUCAAAACACAUUUUUACCAGCUGGCCUUUAGAACAGGCUGAUAAUGCUUUUAAAAACCCUAGGAGCAAUUUCUGUUUAUAUAUAUAUACUUCAUGUUUCAACUUCUCAUUCAAAUUAAGCACAUUCUCCUUGAAUCUAGCAGUGCUACUAACGGCUCUAAAUAUUUCGAUAAAAUUUCAGAUAUCGAAAGACGAUUGGCUCAUAACAGGAGUCAUUUUAUUGUUAUGGUUCAAGUCAUUGCCUGUUGUAAUAUUUUUUUUAAAGACCUUGGAAUAUCUGCGUUUGUAGAACGCAGUGUAUGUUUUCCUGCAUGUUGGCUUUUUCUUCUGUCUGGACUCCCAAUUGAACAUGCAUUUCAUGGCUGCAGUACAGGCCUGGCUGAGCAUCAGCAGAGAACAUACUGAGACCCUGGUCAUGUCUGCAGGUCACAAACUUCAAGCAGUCUUUGCAUGCAAAGGGUAAACGUCACUUUCGUUUGCAUAAUAUUUCUAUGUCCCAAAUAUUAUGGUGCCAUAAAAUGUGGGGCUGUGUGUCAAAACUAUGCAUAAAAAGUGCCUUCAUUUUUACAUGGUGAAACCAAAAUGUAUAUAAAAGCUGAGAACCUGCACUUUAACCACGUGAAUUGUUUGAUUACAAAUCUAAAGUUGUAAAGUACAGAGCCAAUUCGAGAAAAGAUUUAUUUGCCCCAAACGUGGAGCUCACUGUAUCUAGUAAAAGCCUGGUGUGUUUUCUCCCCCGAGUUCAACUACACACCUUCCCUGUCCCUGUUCUGUACAGAGUGCCUCCCUGGCUGUGUUAUGAGGGGGACUGAGGUGGUCCAUCGAGUUGAUAUUAUGGGAUAAUGAUACAGGGUUCUCCCCAAAGUAUGUAAUAUUAAGGAGCAGUGUGUAUCAACACUGACAAGGAUGAG